AUGGGUAUCUUAUUUCAAUUUUUAUUCAUCACAUUUUUAUUGCUGAAAGUCGAUUCUUUUAAUUGUCCAAGAGGAAGUGAUGAAGUGCCGAGAGAGGAUGUUUGUGUUAUCGGGAUCAAUGAACCCAAAUUCUAUUUUGAUGCAUCGCGUGAUUGUGUUUCUCGUGGGGGAGUGACUGCCAAAAUACAAAACCUUUACGAGAACAGUUUCAUCUUUACUCUCAUAGAUCAAGACGUCAAUGGAGCCGCUCCAUACAUCGGAAUUGAACGCAAGCCCAACAACACCUGGGUCUACGGUGAUGGGUCACCGCUGGUUUAUCUGAAUUGGGCUUUAGAGGACCUUGCCUUAUGGUCA